AUGGCUAAGGUCGGGGGUGGUUUUGCCUUCACCAAACUCGAUUGCUCCAACAAGGCAAGCCCGGAGCUGACCGAUCUUGGGAACAAGGUAGAGAACUACACUCAGACUGGACACCCAGAGACGCUGACAGCAGCAUGGCUGCGCCACAUCAUCCUCUCCAACAACAAGCUCAACAACAUCGAUGCCGUCACCAAGUUGCCGCAUCUUCUGACUUUACAGCUCGACAACAAUGAGGUCACCAUUUCUGACCAAAUGCAGUGGAUAAGGGUGAUGUCAGCAGAUCGGGCAGCUCUGCAAGCCUUGGCGGUGCGAACGAAGGCACCGCUGCGUUACUUCGAACUGGUCAAAUUCAAGUCUGCCGAUCACAACGUGACGUGCUUCCUGGCGGUGGGAAAACAUGCGUUAUACCUGGUCCGACGAAGUCUGGGGGGACUUUACCCCAAUGACCAAAGUGGCGCAAUCUUCUUCGCCUUCAUCCGAUCAAUGGAUGAGGAUGCCGAAGACUCCACUCAGUUGAAACUCUUGCUCAGUGAAUCGGGCGCCCGCGCGUGGAUGGGUGAUACGCUGACAGUCUGGAGCAAGAAUCGGCAUGCCCUGGCGCAGCAAAUCCAAGUGGCUUGGAACACGGACUACAUCUUUCGCUUUGGCCAGGUCCGGCACUUGCACCUCACGAGCCCUCCACCGUCGGAGACUUCCAAGGGCUUCAUGGCGUCUCUGGUGCAGUUCUUCCAAGGGGAGAAAGACUCGACUGCGCAGCCCUUCCAGGGAUGCAAGGAGGUCUUGCAUUCGGCCUACAGAUUCUUCAUCCCUGAGUCGUACAUGUCCCAGGAUCAUGCAGGUCACUUCCUUCAUCAGAACAGGUUGCUGGAGCUGGAAAUUGCCGUGCACCAGCCCGUUUCCCUGGCCGACCUAGAAGCAUCCCACCACAAUCACAUUCGCUGGGCAGGGUUGGAGUACAAGCGCAGCAUCAGCCUCUCUCUGAAGGAUGUGAUGAUCACCAAAAGCAGUUCCUAUCAGAAAAGGCUGAACCUGUCAAAGGACAUUUGCGCCUGGACAGGUUGGGAGAUCACUCUGAUCUCAGAAGACCGGGUGAUGGCGAUCAUCUUGCUUCGGCGGCAGUUUGUGCCACCACUGGCAGAUACCGCGCAAGAUUUCAGCAUCCGCGUGGAGUGUCAGCGCUGGGCCGUGGACGAGGGAAAGGUGGAAGAGCAGAAUCUGUUGGAGGAAGCGCGUUUGAUCGCGGAUUCCACGAUGCCCAGCGGGCCCAACGUGCUGCAGCAGAUCUAUCCCGACUUCCUGCAGGCCAAAUUGGACACCCUGGUGCUGCCUGAGAGUGCUUGGGCAUGGACUGAGAAGACCCUGAAAAUGAGGCCUUCCUGCAAGAAGCAGGCCUGCAUCUUCGUUAACUCCAUCUUGAAGGUCUUGCAUGAAGAGCAUCAACUGCCUUCCUCAGAGCUCCUGGACGAAUUGGUGGCGCUGGCAGAUGGCGAGGAGCUGCCACUGGUGAUCUCGCCACUGGAGGCCGCCCAGCAAGCGAAGCAGCUCAUCGAAUUGAAGGAAGAAGGCAGUGUUGAGGCCAUGAAUGCCUGGAUGGCACGGGUUGCCCGUUAUUUCACCUACUGCCUCAACGGUGUCUUCUUCAAGAGUUUCCACUUGGAUCACGUCUGCAACGCCAUUCUGACGCAGAAGCCGAACCAGGUGAAGCUGCACGAGGCGAUGCUCUUCCUGCUCCAUGCCCGACCCAAGGACUUGACGCAGAAAUGGGAGCUGAAGGAGCUGAAACAGCUCCUACUAGACCCAGAACUCUUUGAGAAGUACGAGUUCAACAACCAUGCGCUUCAGGCCUUUCUGGAGUUUGGUUGGCUGGCGCGGCAGCUGAAAGCGCCCAAGCAAAAGGAGAAGAUGAGCUUGGAGUUCACACAAUUUCUUUGUGCUCUGCUGGUUUUGCCAGAAGCCUCCAUUGACUUGAAGGCAGCCAUUUGUCGCACCAUCACCUGGGCCUGUUCAAAGCUCAGAGGUUCGGGGCAGCUGCACAUGGCGUUGCUGGUUCCAACUUUGAGUUCAGUGUUGAAGCAGCGAAACAUCUUCUUGAAAACCUGCGCCACAGUGACUCUGGUGAAUAUGACCAAGUGCCACGAGCCAGUGAAGGACGUUUUGACCAGGAUGGAUGCCCAAGCGACUUUGGUGGAACAUUUGGGCAUCCCUGACGAUGACUUGAUCUACUACACUUUGAUGUUGACCACAAGCUUGUCGAGGACCACCGCUCAACGCUUGGCACUGAAGAAGUGUGGGGCAGUGGAGGAAUUGGUGCACCUCCUUCAGAUGACCUACAGCGAGAGCAAGGAUCACCUGUUGGCCGAGCUGGCCAGCAGCGUUGGGCAGCUGUGUAAUGAGGAGGACAUUCGAUGCAGUAUGGCGGAAGCAAAGGUCUUCCGGCGUUUGCUGAGCCUCUACACCGACUACCCGUGCAGUUCUCGUUUGAGGGCAAAGCUAAUGUUUGCCAUUCGGCAGUUCUGCAUUGCUGGCAGUUCCACAUCAGAAUCCUUGCGGGAUGAUGUAGCUCCUAUACUGCCGCAGGUGAUCGAGGAGCUGUCAGAGCUGGUGCAGUCCAGUCAGUCCUUCGACACUUUGGAUGAUGAUCAAACGGAUUGGUUGGUGAGUUCUGUGUUGUUGCUCUACACGCUGGCCAUAGAUCGAACUCUGCUCGAAGAGAUGAGGGAUCCCGAGCUCCAAUUCAAAGAGACUUUGCUGAAGCUGCGCUUUUCGCCCUUAAAAGAGCUGGACGUCACGCGCGAGCGCAUCAUUGAGCUUUGA